AUGCUGAAAGCAUGGUUGGCCUACGGCCGAGUGAACAAGGAUGUGAUUUUUUUUGAUGUGUGUAUGGUGGCACGUGAAACUGCACCGAGUGCGGUCGGCCGUGAGAGCACCGCACUGAAUGUCGGUAAUGACAUUUUCGGCGAUACGCUAUUUAGUGUGGGCGUCCGUGAAGGCACCACGCUUAACGUCGGUAAUGGCGUUGUUGGCGAUACGCCGUAUAGUGUGGGCGUCCGUGAAGGCACCACGCUUAACGUCGGUAAUGGCGUUGAUGGCGAUACGCCGUAUAGUGUGGACGGCCGUGAAGGCACCACACCUGUUGUCGGUAAUGACCUUAUUGGCGAGACGCCGUUAAAUUUGGGGCUAGGCCCGCAUAAUUCACAUACGUGGCACUUUUCAAUCCACCGGGUGAAAUGCUCGAGUUGCGUAACACUUCACCAGAUGUCGGUCAAGACAAAAGCUCUCGUAUAG